AUGACGGAUUAUAGUCCUAAUCAUCGAGAUGAGAUUCGAAGAGCAUAUCUUCAAAAAGGACCUUGUCAACCUAAAGGUCAUAGAUUCUCACAAAGUAAUCAAUCAGGAAUUAAUAGACGUUUCAUUGCCCAAUGGUUUGAUGAGUUUGAUUGGUUGGAGUAUAGCAUAACUAAAGAUGCUGCAUUUUGCCUCCAUUGCUAUCUCUUUAAAACUAAUUUUGAUCAAGUGGGUGGUGACGCCUUCUCUGGGGUAGGCUUCAAUAAUUGGAAGAAGGGGAGAGAAAGGUUUAGCAUUCAUGUUGGACCUAUUAGUAGUGUUCACAACCAAGCUAGAAAAACUGCUUACAAUCUGAUGCAUCAAAAAGCUCACAUUGAAACAAUUGUGAUCAAGCAAAUAGAUUAUGCUCGUAUGGCUUAUCGCACUUGCUUGAAUGCAUCACUCAAGUGCACAAGGUAUUUGUUGCGACAAGGCCUUUCUUUUUGCGGUCAUGGUGAAAGUGCCACUUCAAGUAAUAAAGGGAAUUAUUUGGAGCUUUUACAAUUUCUUGCGGAACAUGAUGAAAAAGUUAAGGCCGUUGUGUUGGAAAAUGCUUCGGGAAAUCUUAAGCUAAUAGCUCCUUCAAUUCAAAAAGAUCUUGUCAAUGCAUGUGCCAAAGAAUGCAUUAGUCUUAUCAUGAGUGAUCUUAAAGAUAGGUAUUUUUCAAUAAUGGUGGAUGAAGCAUGUGAUGUUUCAAUAAAGGAGCAAAUGGCGAUAAUGGUUCGUUAUGUGAACAACAAAGGACAAAUAAUAGAAAGGUUUGUGGGGGUCCAACAUGUUACCAACACCACUUCAAGUGCAUUAAAGAAAGCCAUUGAUGAAUUAUUUUCUUUCGAGGGAUGGAGCUUUUCUAAGCUACGAGGAUAA